AUGUCUUUUACAGCUUCCACUUGGGUCAGGUCUUUCUCGUGUUCAAUCAAUGCAACUCCAAAUCUGCCUCACUUGCUGAGAUUCAUUUUCCUCUCUCCAUGUCCUCAGAGGGCUCUUUCGUCUGGUGUUGACGUUGUACUUUUGUUGACCCUCUUUGUGUUUGCGCUUGUAAAGCUCUAUUCUAGGUUCACAUCCAACGCCAACGUCAACUCGGAGCUUGAUAAACCGCUUAUCAGAAACAACAGAGUUUCUGUCAGGACAACCACAUGGUUUAAUCUAACUCUAAUUGCAACCUCUGUUUUGACAAUACUGUACUUGGUGGCUUGCAUUCUAGUGUUUUCCAGUUCAACCAAGGAGCCCUGGAAGCAAACUGAUGGAUUGUUUUGGUUACUUCAGGCCAUAACACAACUUGUCCUUGUAGUUUUGAUAGUCCAUGAGAAAAGAUUUGAAGCCGUUGCUCACCCUUUGACGCUUAGAUUGUACUGGAUUGCGAAUUUCAUUGUGAUUUCUUUGUUCACAGCUUCUGGGAUCGUACGUUUGGUCUCUGUGGAAGUGGAAGAUGGGAAACACUUCAGCUUCAUGGUUGAUGACACGGUUUCUUUCAUUUCUUUACCUUUGUCACUUUUUCUGCUUUUUAUUGCGGUUAAAGGGUCCACCGGGAUUGUGUCUGGCUCAGAAACACAACCCCUUAUUGAUGAGGAAACAAAACUAUAUGAGAAAUCCAACGUUACUGGCUUUGCUUCAGCGUCUGCAAUAUCCAAGGCCUUCUGGAUUUGGAUAAACCCGUUGUUGAGCAAAGGGUACUUAUCACCGUUGAAUAUUGAUGAAAUUCCAUCCCUUUCACCUCAUCAUAGAGCUGAAAGGAUGUCUGUUAUCUUUGAAUCCAAGUGGCCUAAAUCAGAUGAGAGGUCCAAGCACCCGGUACGAACAACUUUGCUUCGGUGUUUCUGGAGGGAGAUAGCCUUCACUGCCUUCCUUGCUGUUGUUAGGCUAUCUGUGAUGUUUGUAGGGCCAGUUCUCAUUCAACGUUUUGUUGAUUUCACAGCAGGGAAAGGUAGCUCUGUGUAUGAAGGGUACUACCUCGUGUUGGUUCUCCUCUGUGCGAAAUUUGUAGAAGUUCUGACAACUCACCACUUCAACUUCAACUCUCAGAAGCUUGGGAUGCUUAUCAGAUGCACCCUCAUCACUUCUUUGUACAAGAAGGGGCUCAGGCUAUCGGGUUCUGCAAGGCAGGAUCAUGGUGUUGGGCCUAUUGUCAAUUACAUGGCUGUUGAUGCUCAACAACUCUCUGAUAUGAUGCUCCAGUUACAUGCUAUAUGGAUGAUGCCAUUUCAAGUUGGCAUCGGCUUGUUUUUGCUGUACAAUUGUCUGGGAACCUCGGUGAUUACGGCUAUGAUUGGACUUCUACUUGUCAUUGCAUUUGCUGUAGCGGCCAAUAGAAGGAACAGGCGUUACCAAUUUAAUUCCAUGAUGAGCCGUGAUUCUAGGAUGAAGGCAGUGAAUGAGAUGCUUAAUUACAUGCGUGUCAUCAAGUUUCAAGCAUGGGAAGAGCAUUUCAAUGGGAGAAUUUUGGGUUUCCGUAAGUCUGAGUUUGAUUGGCUUUCCAAGUUUAUGUUCUCAAUCUGUAGCGUCAUUAUUGUGUUGUGGAGUACCCCAAUGUUGAUAUCAACUCUCACAUUUGGUACCGCGCUUUUGCUUGGAGUUCAACUUGAUGCAGCCACGGUUUUUACGACCACAACUGUGUUUAAGAUCCUGCAGGAACCUAUUAGGACCUUUCCUCAGAGUAUGAUAUCUCUUUCACAAGCGCUGGUAUCACUUGGGAGGCUGGAUAGGUACAUGUCUAGCAGGGAAUUGGUGGAUGAUUCGGUUGAGAGAGAGGAAGGGUGUGAUGGACGCAUUGCUGUGCAGGUCAGAGAUGGAACCUUUAGCUGGGAUGAUGAUGGCGAGCUGCAAGACUUGAAAAAUAUUAAUCUGGAGAUUAAUAAGGGGGAGCUUACAGCAAUUGUUGGGACCGUGGGGUCGGGGAAAUCUUCACUCCUUGCUUCAAUUCUUGGUGAGAUGCACAAAAUUUCUGGGAAGAUUCAAGUUUGCGGGAGUACUGCUUAUGUUGCACAAACAUCUUGGAUUCAAAAUGGGACAAUUGAGGAAAACAUUCUCUUUGGCUUACCAAUGAACAGGCAGAAGUACAAUGAAGUUGUCAGAGUCUGUAGCUUGGAGAAAGACUUGGAAAUGAUGGAGCAUGGGGACCAGACAGAGAUUGGAGAGCGUGGUAUCAACCUAAGUGGGGGUCAGAAGCAGCGCAUACAGCUUGCCAGGGCUGUAUAUCAAGAUUCUGAUAUAUAUCUUCUUGAUGACGUUUUCAGUGCUGUAGAUGCACAUACUGGCACAGAAAUAUUCAAGGAAUGUGUGAGGGGGUCACUAAAAGGCAAGACAAUUAUACUUGUAACACACCAAGUAGACUUCCUACAUAAUGUGGAUCUUAUAGUGGUGAUGAAAGAUGGAAUGAUAGUACAAUCAGGGAAAUAUGAUGAUCUACUUGCUUCUGGAAUGGAUUUUAGUGCUCUUGUUGCAGCGCAUGAGACAUCUAUGGAACUAGUGGAGCAAGGCGUGGCCAUACCUGGGGAAAAUUUGAACCAACCAAUAAAAUCACCAAAGGCAGCAUCAAAUAACAGAGAAACCAAUGGUGAAAGCAAUUCUCUUGACCAGCCCAAGUCUGACAAGGAAGGUUCUAAACUCAUCAAAGAAGAGGAAAGAGAAACUGGGAAAGUUAGCUUUCGUAUCUAUAAACUCUACUGCACUGAGGCUUUUGGGUGGUGGGGCAUUGGAGGAGUAUUGUUUCUUUCUGUGUUGUGGCAAGCAUCUAUGAUGGCGAGUGAUUAUUGGCUGGCAUAUGAAACAUCAGAAGAGCGUGCUCAAUUGUUCAAUCCUUCCAUGUUUAUUUCCAUCUAUGCAAUUAUUACUGUAGUUUCAGUUAUUUUGAUUGUUCUAAGAUCCUUCGCUGUUACAAUCUUGGGGUUAAAGACAGCACAGAUUUUCUUCUCUCAAAUUCUCCACAGCAUUUUGCAUGCCCCCAUGUCUUUCUUUGACACUACUCCAUCCGGAAGAAUUCUAAGCAGGGCAUCCACUGAUCAGACCAAUGUAGAUAUCUUUAUCCCCUUGUUCAUCAAUUUUGUGGUAGCCAUGUACAUUACAGUGAUCAGCAUCUUCAUAAUCACAUGUCAAAAUUCGUGGCCAACAGCUUUCUUGUUAAUUCCUCUUGCUUGGUUAAACAUUUGGUACCGGGGUUACUAUCUUGCUUCAUCUCGUGAGUUAACUCGUUUGGAUUCAAUUACAAAAGCACCUGUCAUUCACCAUUUCUCUGAAAGCAUUUCGGGGGUCAUGACAAUCCGCGCAUUCAGAAAGCAGGAGGAGUUUUGCAGAGAAAAUAUUAAACGGGUGAAUGCUAAUUUGCGAAUGGAUUUCCACAACUUCAGUUCCAAUGCGUGGUUGGGUUUCCGCUUAGAAUUUCUUGGAAGCAUAGUUUUUUGCUUCUCCGCCUUGUUCAUGAUCAUGUUACCCAGCGGUAUCAUAAAGCCAGAAAAUGUUGGUUUGUCACUCUCAUAUGGGUUGUCAUUAAACUCCGUGAUGUUUUGGGCUAUAUACAUGAGCUGUUUCAUUGAAAACAAAUUGGUAUCUGUUGAGAGGAUCAAACAGUUCACAAAUAUUCCAUCGGAAGCAGCAUGGAAGAAUAAGGAUCGUCUGCCUCCUACAAAUUGGCCCGGUCAAGGCAAUGUUGAUAUCAAAGACUUGCAGGUCAGAUAUCGUCCAAACACCCCUUUGGUUCUUAAAGGAAUUACCUUAAGCAUCAAUGGAGGAGAAAAAGUUGGUGUUGUUGGUCGAACAGGAAGUGGAAAAUCAACUUUGAUUCAAGUUUUCUUCAGGCUGGUGGAACCUACAGGAGGGAAAAUAAUCAUUGACGGCAUUGACAUAUCUGUCUUGGGACUUCAUGAUCUUAGAUCACGGUUUGGUAUCAUUCCUCAGGAGCCUGUUCUUUUCGAAGGAACAGUCAGAAGUAACAUUGAUCCAACUGGACAGUACACAGAUGAAGAGAUAUGGAAGAGUUUGGAACGUUGUCAACUAAAAGAUGCAGUGGCUUCCAAGCCUGAGAAACUUGACUCUUUAGUGGUUGAUAAUGGAGAUAACUGGAGUGUGGGGCAGAGGCAGUUGCUUUGUUUAGGAAGGGUUAUGCUUAAGCAAAGCAGGUUAUUGUUUAUGGAUGAGGCAACAGCUUCUGUUGAUUCUCAAACCGAUGCUGUGAUUCAGAAGAUCAUCCGAGAGGACUUUGCAGCACGUACCAUCAUCAGCAUUGCUCAUAGAAUACCAACAGUAAUGGACUGUGAUAAAAUUCUAGUUGUAGAUGCAGGGCGAGCCAAAGAAUAUGACUCACCUUCCAACUUGCUCCAAAAGCCAUCACUCUUUGUGGCUUUAGUUCAAGAGUAUGCCAAUCGCUCAAGUGGCCUAUGA